UGGCGGGGUACAUUGCUUUGAGCGAGCCAUAUGUUUAAGCUGGAAGAUAAAGGCCUCAUGCCGUGGUACGAUUUUACCCUACGCUGGUCAGAACAUCCGGCUGCGCGUGUAGCAGAUGGAGAUCGUAUUGGGCUGCAACCUAAUCAGGUUAUUUUCAAAUCGGAUGGUGAGCAGAUUUAUAAGGCUCUUCAGAACUACACAUAAUUUCUCUACUACUGCCCAAGCAUCGACGUAAGAGAGUCAUACUGCG